AUGAAAAAGGAAAUUGAUGUACACCCUAUUCCAGAAGAAAAUUACAGUGAAUUUGAAGACAAUAUUAGGAAAAGAAAAAAGAAAAAAAGUAGACAACAGAAUAUUUUGUCUCCAGAAAAUGUUGAAUCUGAAUCAGGAACAACAGGACAUAGGGAUAAGAAGAAAAAAUCAAAAACAAUCACAGAGUCAACCAAAGAUUCAACUAAAAAGAAAAAAUUUAAAUUUAUCUCAGAAUCAGUUGAUAUGAAUGUAUGGGGAGGGGACAUAAAAUUGCAGGAACAUUCAGACACUGCAUUGUGUGAUGAUGAAUCUGCAUCAAGUUUACAAGAAAGUGAAGUAAUACCAUCAAGUCUAGACAGUGAAAUUGAUCAUAACACAAUCACUGUCUCUAAGAAAAAGAAGAAAAAGCAGAAAUCCCAUGAGAAAGAUUUUUUAAAUGUUCCACAAUUCAGGAGUAUGAAAAAAUAUGUCAAACAAGAAUUUCCUAUAGAUUGGCAGGCUGUUGCUGAAUACCUUGAUUCAGAAAACUUUAACAGCUCUAAUGGUACAGCAGAAAACACUGAAUCUGAUUAUCAUCCUGAUAAUCAGAGCCUCAUCAUGCCAACAAAAAAUAUAGACACAAUAUUAUAUGGUUAUGAAAUACCUAUGGAUGAUGAAAUUGGUAAGAUAACAUCAGAUUACACUAAUAGUGAAAAAUUAAAAGUAAAAAGGAAACAUAGGAAAAAGCACAAAAAUAAAAUAGAUGAAAUCAAAACAGACCCAAAUGAAAUGGUACAGAUGAUUAAUUAUUGUGAUUCACAAUUGGAUGAAGAAAUGGUAUUGAAAUCAGAAUAUCAGAGGAUGGAACCUCAAAGUGAUUCAAUACCAAAGAAAAAAUCCAAAAAAAGGGAAACCUGUAAUCAGGGAGUGAUUGAAGAUAUUCCAUUGAUUCACAGUAAUCCCAAAUUGGAUCAGUUUUUGAGCAGUGAAUUGUUAAUGGGGGAAGCAAUUCCUACAACUCCAAGGAAACAAAAAAGAGAGAAAUUAGAAGAGUGGGACAGAGAGUAUCUUUCAAAAUCUGCCAUAUCAAUCCCAAAAGCUAAAAGAAGAAGGAGACUUGGAGACAUUUCAGUCAGUGGUAUCUUGAGAGAUUAUGAACAAUCCAUUAUUACAUCUGAUGUAUUAACAGUACAAAGUUUACAAACAGAACCACAAGAAGAGUUAUCUGAUGGACCACAAAUGGAGAACAAAUCAGCUAUAGAAAAUCCUACUCCCAUUUCCCAAAAAUACAAUAGAUAUUACUCCAUUUACAAAAGUGACAGUGAUGAGCCAACAAGCCCUAAAAAAUGUAUUAAUGGAACAUCAACAAAUGACUACAGAACUUACAGUAAUGAAGAUACAGAAGUAGAUGUUGAAGAGAAUUGCAGGUUUCCAAAUCAGCUAGCAAACAUUGAAAAUAAUACAAAAACAAGAAAGAGUACUGGUGGUGCCACUGAUAGUGAUUCUGAUUAUUCUGAUGAGCUGACCAGGCCUGUUGAUGGAUCAAUGCAUAGUACAAGGAAAACUAUAUUAGAUUAUUUCAAAAGCUCAAAGGGUGCAGUUUCUGGAAGUAGAAAUUCAAUUUCAAAGAGAGCUCAGCAAAUAGUGGAAAUAUCUUCACACAAAAAUGAUGAAAAUACUGAGAAUGUAAACAAGAAAUCACAAACGCCGCCAGUUUCUUUACAAGAUAAUAUUUCAGAAGACCACACAAGGAACAUUGACAACAACAAUAUAAAAAAUGAAAAAACAGUAAUGAAGAUCAUUUCUCAGAAUUCCACUAAAAAUGGAGAUUUUAAUAACUCCAAAAUAACUAAGAAUAAUGUGGAGAAGAAUAUAUUGAAUGGUAAUGAAAAUUCAAGGGAUUUUGACUCAGAACUUGAAAUUUCAACACCUAAAGAAAAAGUAAAUUCACCACGACCAAUAGUGCAAACAAAUCAUACCACUGGAAGUCAAGAAAAAAAUUAUUCUGAACAAGAUGAACCCAUUGUGAAGACCCGAUCAGGAAGAAACUUUAACAAUAAGUCGGCUGUUGAAACUACCGAAUUGGAAAAAGAAAUUCUGAAGAGUCUGACGAUUUUCCUACCAUUCCCAAUUCCUCCUUUGCAUAAAACUAUAUUAUACAGAAAAAUUCCAGAAGAUGUCCAGCACCUCAGUAUAAAAUCUGGUGCUUUCAGCAAAGAUGAAGACAAUGUGAUAAUGAAUAACUGGAAGCAAUUUUGUGAUGAACAUAACUUGGAUGUAAAACCAUGUGCCUUCUUCCAUGUCGGAAGAUUGAAGAAAAUAGAGAGGAUUAAGUUUCUGCAAUACAUUUCUCAUGGCUUAGAUGAUCGUCUUCCAUCGAGAGUCUUUGCUAGAUUCAAAAAAAUAUAUGAAAAUAUGUCCAUACGGAGAGGACGAUUUUCCCAAAAAGAAGACAAGGAGAUUUUGCGUUUCAUGAAAGAACAUGGAGACUCUGACUAUCCAUUUGUGAAUCUGGCGAAAAUUUUGAAUAGGAAUAAUACCGCGGUUUUGAAAAGAUACGAAACUUUAACAAACACAAAAAACCAAAGCAAACUCACUUGGACUGCAGACCUAUCGGGAAAACUUAUCAGACGGAUGAUGAGAAUUGGAAAGUGUGAAAGAGUUGAAGAUCUCGAGAAUCUACAACUCAGCACUGAACAGUGGAAUAAAUUAUCAAGAAAAAUGGACAUGUCUGUAAAAAAAUUACGGAGAGGUUGGAAAAUAACCGUAUAUCCUCGAUUAUUCUCAAAAGCUAGUAUACUGGAAGUCAAGAAUAAAAUUUUCCAUUUAUUGAAGGAGAGAAAAGAAAGUGAUUGGAGGAAGGUUGACUGGAAGGAAAUUGCAAAACACUUUGUUGGAUUCACACCUGAAAAGGUUUACAAUUUAUUCAGAACAUUGGUGAAUUUUCAUGUACCCAAGAAUAAACAAUCUGAUCUGGGAGAAUGUCUGAAAGUAUUGAAUGGUUUCAGUAUCAGGCAGAUUAAAAAAUUCAGAAGAUUUGUCUUCAAGGAUGGUCAACUGAAAUAUGAAAAUGAGGAGAGUGAGGAAGAUGAGUCUUAA